AUGGCGGUGAUGAAAAAGGAUGAAGAAAGCGUGCGGACAGUAGAAAUCACAGAGUUAUACAACACGUCUCAGAAAAUACUGAUGGCAUGUGUUGGAGAUUUCAGCUAUGCUCACCUCAUCGCAUCAACAUUGGGGGAUGCAAGCAAUAUUGUGGUCAUAUCACAAUAUGGCUGUGUGGGUGAGUUGGAGAUGAUGUAUGAAAAUGCCCGGUCUCACAUGCUCGAUUUGACAAAGCUUGGGGCAACUAUCGUCUUCAAUGUUGAUUUUGGGGAAUUUGCAAAGGACAGCAGGAUCAACCACAUGCGUUUCGAUCGAAUUAUUUUGGAUCAGUGGAAAUAG